GUGUGACUCGUUGAGAAAACAAAAAAAGGUUGGCUUCUGUUUAUCCCUCCCUAUAUAUAGAAAAGCAGAAGCCAAAUAUAUAAUUUUUUUUAGUCGUUCGGAAAAGAAAAAAGAAAAACAAAACAAAAACUGGGGAUUUCAAAUUUCAGGAAUUAGAGAGAGAUAGAAGACGAAGAUAAGCUGGGGUUGUGUUCUUCUUUGCCCUGUGAAAGCGAAUUGAAGAGAGAUCCGCUUUCUCUGGUUCUGUCUUUUUUUCUUUUCCUUCUCUUUUCGUUUUGAUUUUAGGGUUUUGCUUGUUCCCAGUAACCCUAAUUUUCCUGCUCCUUUAUUUCGUUUUUGUUUCUUCGUCGUCUUCCCCCACCUAGGGUUUUGUACACCUCCAAUGGUUUUGGGUUGAAUUAAGAAUCUCAGAAUUUGUAAAUUUUGAAAAAGAUCUGCUGGUGGAAGAACUGAACUGAGAUAUGACUGACAAGAUGUCGGUGUCACCCGAAGAAAGAGAACUCGAGGAACAGCUCAAGGAUGCUGGCACGAAGCUUCUCAAAUCUUCUUCUUCUUCCGUCGACGACCUUCUCCCUUUGCUAGACGAAGUUGAGAAGCACCUGUCAAGAGUGGAGCAAUCACCUGCCAAAUCCAUGCAAGUGGCACUAGCUCCACUAACUAGCACAUUGGUUUCAGAUGAACUUCUUAGGAAUGCAAAUGUCGAUGUGAAAGUUGCAGUUGCUUCAUGCAUUAGUGAGAUUACGAGAAUAACUGCACCCGAAGCUCCUUAUGAAGAUGACCAAAUGAAGGUAUCUGAAUUCUGAAUUUCUUUUUUGUUGCUUUCCUUUUUUCCGUUUACCAGUUUAUGAUUUAUUUCCUUUACUGGAAUGUAGGACGUUUUUCAACUCAUUGUAUCUUCAUUUGAGGAUUUGUCUGAUGAGUCUAGCCGAUCUCAUGGAAAGAGGGUGAUGAUACUUGAAACCGUGGCCAAAGUUAGAUCUUGUGUUGUCAUGUUGGAUUUAGAAUGUGAGGCGCUGAUCGCCGAAAUGUUCACUCUUUUCCUCGGAAACAUACGGGAUUUUCACAAGGAAAAUAUCUUUACUUCAAUGGAGACAAUAAUGACUCUUGUAUUAGAUGAAAGUGAAGAUAUUUCCUCCGAGGUCCUCAACCCGCUGUUAGCUUGCAUGAAAAAAGACAAUCAGGAAGUCCACCCAGUUGCUGUGAAAUUGGCGGAGAAAGUUUUUGAAAAAUGUUCAUCCAAGCUUAAGCCUUACCUUAGCGGGGCCAUAAAAUCUUUGGGCACUUCUUUGGAUGAUUAUAGUGAAGUUGUUACUGCUGUUUGUGAAGGGCCUUCUUCAACUGUUGAGCAAAUGAAUGAAAACACAUCUACUGAUCAAUCUGUGGUAAAAACCAUUACUGGUGCUAUGAAUGCUGAUCAUAAGGACCCCAGACCUCCUAACUCAACGAAUGGUGGUAAUGACAAUGAGAAUGAAAACCGAGGGAAAAGCUUGAAAGUAGUCUCUUCAGUAAACGUUGAAGAGCAGGAUCUUGAUAAUGAACCAUCUGCUGACAAGUCAGCUUCGAAAUCUGAAGAUGGCGAAUCAGAACCUCGGAAGCCACUUAAAUUUGAAUCUGAAGUCGUGGACAAGCCUAUCUCCUCAAUGAAUGCAUCGGAAUCCUCUGAUACAUCUCAUGUUGAUGGCGCGAAAGAAGUCAAGAAUCAGUCUGAUCCUCAAGAAAAUCCUGAGAAAGAUCUACAUGAUUCUUCAAGGGAGGAUGAUGCUCUUCACCCUUCCAAAUCCUCUUAUACAGACACUGUAAAGAACAUUUCUUCACCAAAAGGAUCUGAGACUGACGUUGCGAACACUUCUUCCCCUUCUCAAAGUGGGAGUCUACACGAUGAGAAUCAUCCCAAAAAUGCUGAGCAACAUGUGAACAAAGUUAACUCACAUCAGGAAGACACACCUUCAUUGGGUGUGGUGUCUGAAGGAACACGCGACUCAGAAGCUAAGCAACACAGGCGCUCAAAGAAAAAACAACCUUUGCAAACUUCUAAGAAAGCUGAUGAGGAUACGUCUCAAAAUGAAAGCGGAGGGGAAAGUGGUUCAGAGAAAAAACAGUCAAAGCAGCUGGGCAAAAAAGUGGAUGAAAGUAGUGAUCCCAUGGAUCACUCAUUGAAGAGGAAAAUUGAAAGCAAAAUCCGUCAGAAAGCUAUCUUGGAGAGUGAAGCUAAUUCGAAAAAAACACAGUCAACAAAGACAUCUUCUAAAGUUCCUAAAACUGAAGAAAAUGCCAGGACGCCUUCCAAGAGAAAGCCAGCUGCCAGCCAACAGAAGGUAACUGGGAAUGUCACAUACGAUGACAGUUUAGUUGGUUCGAAGGUCAAAGUCUGGUGGCCACAAGAUCGUGCGUACUACGAUGGUGUGAUUGAAUCUUUUGACAGUGCCAAGAAAAAGCAUAAGGUGGUGUAUAAUGAUGGUGAUGUGGAAACCUUGAAUCUCAAAAGAGAACGGUGGGAAAUAAUUAAUGAUGAUUCAGUUUCAUCUGAGGGGCAUGCCUCUGAGGAAACAGCCAGUGUUGAAGCUGCAUCUCCCUUGCCAAAACGAGAGAGAGCUAAAACAGAUCCAGAAGUAUCGGUUAAACGUGGGAAGGCGGAAGCUUCUCCUAAAAGUAAAUUGCAAGGAACGAAGUCAAAAGACAGACCCCGAAAAUCCGACGGCAAAACUGAUGACAAUAUUGGUGGUUCCAAAUCUCUUUCCCAACGAGCUAGUGAUAAACAUGUGGAUAAUUCCUCAAAAAGAUCUAAAGAUGCUGAUAGCAGGGUCAUGUCCAAAGGCAAAUCUAAGCAACAAGAUAGUCCCAGGACUGGUAGCAAGUCCAAGCAAGAAAUAUCGAAAAUUGGUAGCAAGUCCAGCAAACAAGAAGCCACCUCAAAGACUGGUGUGAAGUCGAAAAGUAAGACUCCACAAGCUGCAGAUGAUGGUAAUGCAAAUGGGUUGGGAAAGGUAAAACAUAGCUCCUCCAAGACUAAAGAAGCAGCAGGAGAAUCGAAGGAAAAAUUCAAAGAGAAGUCAUCUGCUGAUGUGCAAAAAACUCCAGAUGGGGCAAAAGUAAGAUCGUCGGAAAAGUUGCAAGAAUUUGAAGGUGGCGGCUCCAAGAAACGUCGUAGGGCAGGUUGAUGUGUGGUGAUAGCUAUCUAGUGUCAUCCUUCCUGCGGGAUUAGGCCCUGAUGAAUUUCUUUUCUGGACUAGUUUUAACUUAUUGCCAGAUGUGUCCUUUGUAGACACACAAUGUAGUCGAUACUGGUGACGAAAUUUAUUAUCCUUUAGUUUCAUCCAUUAGGGAAGUUUAGGUAAGUAAGCUUUCAAAUCAGUUCUUAUUAGACCAGUGAGGCGUGUUUUGUUUAGUCGGUUAGAUGAUGGUUUUCAAUGGUUGAUUUUGGAAGUUUGGAAUUUUUUUAUUUUUUAUUAUUAUUUUUUUUUAUCAGGACCUGUAGGUAUCAUAGGUGAGUUGGCGUACUUGUUAAGGAGGUUUGAAAAAUUGUUAAAAAGUUCUAUUCAUGUUUGUUUUAUUUUUUUAAUGUGUGUUUUUUAGGUGUUUUUUGUAUUAAAAAUGUAAAAAAUUGUAUUGGAAAUAUAAAAAGUUAUGUUGAG